UAAUAGCAAUUAUGGUCUUAUUGCAUGUGCUGCAUCCUCAAGGAUGCUUGAAAUGGGAAAUAUGUUUCUGACUACUUCCAAGGAUUGGGAUGAUUAUGUACAAAAUGCGGAAAAAGUCUACCUAACUAAACGUGAUGCUGUUGAAAAAAGUUUACAACAGCUAGCUGAUGAUGCGGUUGAAUUAGGUAAAAAGGAUCCCGAAUUCAUAAAAACAGAUCCAUGGUUAAGCCAAUUGGACUGGUCACUUCCUUCAUCACGCUCGAAAAAACUUCCGGGAUAUCCAAAUUGGUACCGUGACAAUUAUUGCAAUAAGAAAUGUAAACUUAAAAUCACGCCUAAAUCACGUAUAGCACCUUUAUUAUUGAGAUUAAAAUGGCAGGAUUUUCCACUAUAUUAUUCAAGGAAUUAUGGAUGGACGUAUCGGGUACCAAGGGACGCUGAUUAUCAAACAACUGCGAAAGAAUGCAAAUUUUCACGAGAUGAUUUAUCAGAAACUGAAAUUAAUAAUGAAGAUGUAGAAAAUAUUCAUAAAAACGCGAAUGAAAAGAAAAAAGGGUCCCCAAAGAAAAAAUCAAAUACGAAAUCAAAACUAUUAAAGGAUGACUUUGAGCUAUUUGCUAAUGAUCAAAGUGGAAAAUAUUAUCGUGUUCCACAUAAAGAUGGCUUAGAAGCGAAAUGUUUAUUACCUCUUGCAAAACAUUAUAUUGCUUUAUUUGAGAAAGGUGUUUUAACUUCUGAACAUAAAGUGGCGAAAGAUGCACUUACUAUGAAUGCGAAUUGUUCUUAUUGGAUAAGUUCCCGAGAAAGGAUACGGAAACAAAUGGUCAUAUAUGAGGAUCAUCCCAAUAUUAUGAAAAAUAUGGGAUUCGAAUCUGACAAUGAAAAGAAAGUUGGAAUGAUCUUACCACAAACUGUAACGAUGGGGACCAUAACGCGUCGCGCCGUUGAGAACACAUGGAUGACAGCUAGUAACGCAAAAAAGGAUAGGAUAGGGUCAGAGCUUAAAGCUAUCAUUCAAGCCCCCAAAGGAUAUAAAAUUAUUGGAGCUGAUGUGGAUUCUGAAGAGUUGUGGAUAGCAAGUUUGAUAGGAGACUCACAAUUUGGAUUUCAUGGUUCAACUGCAAUGGGUUGGAUGACAUUGCAAGGAAAUAAAGCUGCCGGUACAGACCAACAUUCCAGAACCGCGAAUAUUUUAAAGAUUUCACGAUCUGAUGCAAAAGUAUUUAACUAUGGCCGAAUUUAUGGAGCCGGUUUGAAAUUUGCAAUUCAAUUAUUAAAACAAUUCAACGAGACAAUGGGAGAUUCCCAAGCUAAAGAGCGUGCAAAUGAUUUAUAUAAUCACACGAAAGGUAAAAAAUUUUAUGCCAGAGGUAAGAUCAAAUCUCCCUAUGAACUUUUUUGGUACGGAGGAAGUGAAAGUUAUAUGUUUAAUAGGCUAGAAGAGAUUGCAACAGAUGAAAAUCCUCAAACGCCAGCGUUAAGAUGUGGUAUAACUGAAGCGCUAAAAGGAAAUAUCGUUCACAAUCAUUAUAUGACAUCUCGAGUAAAUUGGGUGGUUCAAUCAUCUGGUGUCGAUUAUCUUCAUUUACUUUUGGUAUCUAUGCAGUAUCUGAUGGAAAAGUAUAAAAUUGAAGGAAGAUUUAUGUUAUCGGUUCAUGACGAAGUUAGGUUUCUCGUUAAAGAAACCGACAGUUAUCGUGCAGCACUAGCUCUUCAAAUAAGCAAUUUUUGGACGCGCGCUAUGUUUAGUUACAUGUUGGGAAUAAAUGAUUUACCCAUGUCAGUCGCAUUCUUUUCAGCGGUUGACAUUGAUCAUGUCCUGCGAAAAGAAGCUGAUUCAAGUUGUAGAACUAUUUCUUAUGAUACCGAAAUUGAGGAUGGAGAAAGUUUAACAAUACAUGAACUACUUAAGCAUAAAAGUUCACUAAUACCGCCCGAUGAAAACGAUCGGAAUAACGGAGACGAUUAUAGUGAAUUUCAUAAUGACAAAGUCAAUUAUAAUGAAAAUGAGUUACUUUUACUGAACCCGUGUAAAGCUGCUAAAGACAAAGAAUAUUUAACAAUUCAAGGAUUAUCAAGUGAAGAGGAGGUCGAGAAUUUAAUAUCGAAGAACCACCCAAGGAUCAGUAGAUUUAAACUCAAAAAUGGACGGCAGUUCAACCUUAGGACACUGUAA